UAACGAAAACAACGGACGUCGUUGAAAAUAGUGCACGGUGAAGAAUUUUACAGGCGUUUUGGAUCGCGUCUCGUCCUGACCGGCGGGCUCGAGGUGAUGCUACCCUGAUCACUGUACCCCCUCUUGUGCGCCACAAUGCCUGACCAUUACUGCUUUGUGUGUACAAGUAACGAGGGUAUCUUCGUGGACAUCACGACUGAUAAUCGAGGCGCAUUCGUCAACCAGAUCAAGACGUGUUUGUCCGCCAAGAUUAACGAGAGCAUUGAUCUGUCGAACAAGAUAUGUUACAAGUGCGCGUAUGAAUUAGAGCAGUGCACUAAAUUUGUACAAAAGUAUGAGAACUCGCACAAGGUGCCAAAGCUGGAAGUUCAAAAGUCAAGACAAUGCUGCUUUCUGUGCUGCGAAUUAGUGGAAAGUGACCAUAUCUUUGACAUUAGCAAGGAUAAAAGCGUAUUUAAUCCUUUACGGAAGAUCCGCAGCAUUUUUAAUGAUGGUGUUAACACGAAAACCAAUUUGUUAUUAAUAUGUCUAACAUGUCGAUAUAACUUGGAUGUUUUGUAUGAUCUGAAAAGGAUAUAUCAAGAUUCAUUUAUCAAUUUAAAGGCUUUAAUUAAUGAAGAGAUAAACUAUUCAAAUUUUCCAAAGAUACACACAGAUGUUGUAAAUCGCAAAACUACCAUUACCACGUUCCCAGAUAUCACAAUUUAUGGUUCAGUAAAUUCUGAUAGUGAAAGUAACGAGGAGAAUAUGGCACGAGGUAAACGACACAUCAAAGAGCGUAAGGUACAGAGAAAUGUCCGAAGGAAACCACAGAGCAACAAGUCAAAAAUCAGAAAUUGUGAUAAGUGUCGUGUUGUUGUUGCAAAUGACAUCGACAUGUACAGAUUUUAUCACACGGGUCUGACGGUUUGCAAAAAUUGUUGGAUAACGAUGGAUCCGAGUGUUGCUAAGCCGUAUCGACGGUCUCGUCAGAUACAAUCCAAAACGAAGACAAAAUUGUGCGCAGUUUUUUUGAAAGAUGUGCUAAGUUAUGAAUCACAUAAGAAAGAUGAAACACGCGAAACGAUGAAAGAAGAAACAUAUAUUACGGAGAAAGAUAAGACACACGAGAUAGAAAAAGAUAAUGAUGAUAAUGCAUUGCCCGUUAGUUCUCAGGAAGAAAUAAAAUCUUUCGAAGAAAGUAAUCCUUUGAGUAUCUUAUCUAAGAGGAGGAAUCACAUGGUUAAUGGUAAAGCAAGACGAGGAAGAAAACGGAAAAUUGACGUAGGAAGAUCAAGAAUUGAUAUUGAAUUUACACCUUCGAAAGUUACAAGAGUCAAUAAUGAACAGGCAAACACGAACGAGGAAACAUCAUCGAUAAUAUUGAUCGAUGCAGAACAACAGUCCAGUCCUCAGUUGAUAAAAACGCGAGGACGUAAAAGAAUACAUAUAGAUAACAGGAAUUCGGAUUCAGAAGGUUCCCAAAAGCAUAAAGCGUCUAUUGAUGCGGAGCAACAGUCCAGUACUCAAUCGACGAAAAAACGAGGACGUCCAAAAACAAUAGAUAAUAAGAGUUCGGAUUCUGAUAAUCCGCAGAAGCAAACAGUAUCGACUGAUACAGAGCAACAGUCUAGUACUCAAUCGACGAAAAAGCGAGGACGUAAAAGAAUAAAUAAGAGUUCGGAUUCGGAAGGUUCUCAGAAACUAAGUGAGACAGAUGAAAUUAAAUUAAAUCAGAAUGUAAAUAAAACGAAGAAAAAAAAAACUGAAGAAACAACCUCAAACGCGCGUUCCGACUCUAGCGACGAGAUAAUAUUCAUUGAAGAAGACAUGAAUUUAGAAAGUAGGCUUUCAGUACAAAUGGGUGAUCGUACAAGUUCGCCAUCGACUGCGUCUAUAAAAAAAGAACAAAAUACCAGCAGUAGGACAAGAACAUCUUCUAUAUCUAGUACAGAAAUGAUAUCGACGGAAUUUAAAAGCCCGAAAUCUCUUUUACAGUCGGAAAUUAAAACAGAGUACACUUGCGACAAAUGUAAUAAGAAAUUUGACACCAAGUUGUCCAGUGCGAAACAUAAAUUAACACAUCUCAAGCAAGCUGCAUUAAAACUGACAAAGAUAACUAUUACAGAUAUUAAGGAAAAACAAGAAAUAGAUCUUAUUUUACAAGAUGAGGUUUCCGAAGAGACGACGUCACGUUCCAGUAGAACUACAUCCGUCGACAAACGAACCGACAAUCCAUCGGAGGACACUGUCAUCAAUGUCGAAAACUACACUGACGACGAUCUUUCCAAUUUAACCAAUACAGAUAAAAAAAUGGAGGAAAGAAUAAGUAAUGAAAGCAGUGAUAAACAGAAUGUAACGACCAGUGAAUCGCGCUUAAACGAAGAAUCUGCGAAUAAUGAAAAAAUUGAAAUAACAGAAUCUAAAAAAUGUAAAAAUUCAACAGUCAUGUCGGACGAUACAGUAAUAGAGGUAAGGGAUGAUGAAGAUAGACAGGAUAAAGAUGUAAAAGAUGAUCAUAAAACAAAGGAUGACGAUAAUACACCAAACAAAGGCAGUGAUAAAUUUGAAGAUACUAAUGCGCCGGAGAUUACUAUUGCAGUACUGAAAGAUGAUAAGAAUAUGAAUGAAAAUGAGGAGAAAGACAAAGAUGUAGAAAUAAACGACAACCUGGAAAGUUCUACAGAAAAUAUUAAAGAAAAUAUUAAAGAAAAUAUUACUGAAUGUAAUAAUGAUAAAAUUGAUGAGAAAGCAACAAAUGAUAAUGAAAUUACUACCUCAUCAAUUUUAUCAAAUCAUGAUAGAAUAAAGAAUGACAAGGAUCAAGACGAAAGUUGCGAAAAUAAUUUGGAAAAUAACUUCAUAGAUAAUAGAGAUGAAAUAAUAGAACAACCAGAAAUACAAAGCGAUUUAAUAGACGAAUCUUCGAAGAUAUGUGUAGAAGAAUCAGAAGAAAAUCUUCCAGAAAUUCUGUCGACUGACGAAACAGAAGCAUUAAAUGAAAAAAAUAAUUUAGAUGACAUAAUAACCAUAAAUGAAGAAACAGAGGAAUUGGAAGAGCAACAAAAUAAGUCCAAUGAAGAAAAUACGGAAGUCAAAAUUAAUGUAGAUGUUGAUGAACUUAAUAGUGCAAGAGAUAUGCCAGAUCUUCUAAAUGGCGGAACACACGACGAAACAGAAGUGAUGGAAAACAAUGCUGAAAAUGAUGUCAUCACAAUAAAUAGCAAUGAUGGUGAAACAAACUAUAAAGAAGGAAUGGAAGAAACAAUCUCAACAGAUAAGAACAGAAAAUUAGAAGAAGAGCUAAAGCAGCUCGAAGAGUUUGUAGUCGAGAGUAAUGCAAUGAAUAACAAGUAUGAAGAUUCAACUUAUGUCCCGGAUAGUAGCUCUGCGGAUGCUGCAACCGAAAUAUUGAAGGAAGUAUUUGAACUUGCUACUGCUGAAGUUCAGCAGCGGGAAGAGAUUGUUACCACGAAGACUUUAGUAGACGACGUCGCAAUAGAAAUAGAAACACUGGAGAAUAUCUCACGUGAGAUACGCAAGAGUGCCGAUAUGCCGUCUUUGGAUCCGAUUAGUGUCAUGGAUAUAGACGAUGACGGUAUUAUGUUGAACUAAUUGUGCCUGUGGCAAACAAUCACUACUGUAAAUUUUGUCCCGUUUUUAUCUAAGAAACUUAUCUGUCGCGUGUGCACAAUGCGUAUCUACAGCUACAGGGAGUUUAAGUUGAUUGAAAAAAAGAAAACAUAAAUCGCGAAUAUUUAUGGACGUAUAUUUGAUUACAAACUUAUUCGUCAGUAUGCU